UCCUCACCCUCCCCCAUUCUCCUCCUACCUCUCUCCUCACCCUCCCCGUGUCCCCUCCCUCGCCUCCUCCUCGCGUCGCCAUAGAGAAGAUUGCGGCUGCACUCAGCUGCACCGGCUGCUCCUCCGCUCCGGAUCUUUCACCCGACCAUCGGCAACUGCGAAAGAGAGAGCGAGCGCGAGAGACAGAGAGAGGGGGAGAGAGUAAUAGAGAGAGAGAGACGCACACACACACACAUACAGACAUAGAGAGCCGAAUGAGGAGCCGAGAGAGAGCGCGGCCACUGAGGAUCUGAGAAGAGAGAGCUCUUAGCGAGAGAGGGAGAGACACGGAGACGAAGGAGGAGUCGAGUGAGCGAGAGAGAGAGGGAGCGGCGACUACUGCGAAGCUUUGGGAGGAGAGCGCUCGGGAGAGUGACGGAGAGAUUCAGAGGGAGUGCCAGCGACGGAGAGAUUCAAAGGGAGAGAGCGCGCAAGGAGACCCGGACCCGGAGCGCAACUGUCGAAGCGACAUGGGAGUAUGCCGCGCGUCGCGCCGCUUUGAGACGCACCUGCACGGCAACUAGGAGCGAGGCGCAGGGCAACCCAGCGAGGCGGCGCGCGUCUUGUCCGCCAUGCUACUACCUGCCGAGCCGUGCCAAGGCGGGCCGAGCUAUGCCAGCGAGCGCGCGUCCCCGGCCCCCGCCUCCUCGUCCGUGCCGGCCGGGCUCCCCCCGCCACGCGCCGGUGCACUGUCGUGGGAGGCGGCCAUCCAAGCUGCCCGCCUCGCCCAGGCAAUGAGUUCGAUACCGGGCACAGGCGCGCAGCACGGAGGCAGAGGGGGAGGAGGACGCGGACUCGGCGCCGGAGCGCACGGGGGGGGCGGCUGCGGCGCCGUCGCCGCCGCGGCGCUGCCGCCGGCCGCCGGGCCGCGCGCUCUGCCCGGGACGCCCCGGGUCGGCGCGGCCGUUGUCGGGGUCGCCGCGGCCGCCGGGGCCCCGGCCGGGGUGCCCGGGGCGGCGGGGCUCGGGGCGCAGAGGAAGCGCCACCAGUACGCGAAGGGGAAGAAGCAGUGCGGAUCGACGGGCGCCGUGCGGCCCGCGAGGGCUCUGCUCUGCCUCUCCCUGCAGAAUCCGCUGCGCAGAGCCUGCAUCGGCAUCGUGGAGUGGAAACCGUUUGACAUCCUCAUCCUCCUCACCAUCUUCGCCAACUGCCUCGCCCUCGCCGUCUAUGUGCCCUUCCCCGAGGACGACUCCAACCGCAGCAACGCCAACCUGGAAAAGGUUGAGUACGUGUUCCUGGUGAUCUUCACGGUGGAAGCCUUCCUCAAGAUCAUGGCGUACGGCCUCCUCGUUCAUCCAAACGCCUACUUGCGCAACGGGUGGAACCUCCUGGACUUUGUCAUCGUGGUGGUGGGACUCUUCUCCGUGGUGCUGGAGCAUACGACCAAGGUGAACGAUGGUGGAGGGGGGGCCGUGAUGGCGAGCAAGGGGGGCGGCUUCGACGUCAAGGCCCUGAGGGCGUUCCGCGUGCUGAGGCCUCUGCGACUCGUGUCUGGGGUGCCCAGUCUUCAGGUCGUCCUCAACUCCAUCAUCAAGGCCAUGGUGCCUCUGCUGCACAUCGCCCUCCUCGUUCUCUUCGUCAUCAUCAUCUACGCCAUCAUCGGCCUCGAGCUUUUCAUGGGCAGAAUGCACAAGACCUGCUUCCUCAACUACUCGGAAAUGAUCGCGGAGGACGAGCCGGCCCCGUGCGCGUACUUAGGCCAUGGGCGGCAGUGCCACGACAACGGCACAAGCUGCCGCUCGGGCUGGGUCGGCCCCAACGAAGGCAUCACCAACUUCGAUAAUUUUGGCUUCGCGAUGCUCACCGUGUUCCAGUGCAUCACCAUGGAGGGCUGGACCGACGUGCUCUAUUGGAUGCAAGACGCCAUUGGCUACGAGCUGCCAUGGGUCUACUUCGUCAGUCUCGUCAUCUUUGGAUCAUUCUUCGUUCUAAAUCUCGUCUUGGGAGUGCUGAGCGGGGAAUUUUCAAAGGAGCGAGAGAAGGCGAAAGCACGGGGCGACUUUCAGAAACUGCGUGAGAAGCAGCAGCUGGAGGAGGAUCUGCGGGGGUACCUGGACUGGAUCACUCAGGCCGAGGACAUCGACCCCGAGAACGAGGAGGAGGGCAAGGAGGAGGCACGCCUCGCCAGCGCCCCGGCGAGUGAGUCGGAGUCGGCCAACACGGAGAACGUGGGGAGCGGGGAGCUGGAGAGCCUCUCAGUCUGCGCCCGAGUCGUGCACAGAAUUUCCAAGUCUAAAUACAGCCGACGGUGGCGUCGAUGGAACCGCUUCUGGCGCCGGAAGUGCCGAGCGGCGGUGAAGUCGACGGCGUUCUACUGGAUGGUGAUCGUGCUGGUGUUCCUCAACACGCUCACCAUCGCUUCGGAGCACUACGACCAGAUGCAGUGGCUCACACACGUGCAGGACACGGCCAACAAGGUUCUGCUGGCGCUCUUCACCCUGGAGAUGCUCGUGAAGAUCUACAGCCUGGGCCUGCAGGCCUACUUUGUGUCGCUCUUCAACCGUUUUGACUGCUUCGUGGUAUGUGGCGGCAUCGUGGAGACGAUCCUCGUCGAGCUCAAGGUGAUGUCCCCGCUGGGUAUCUCCGUGCUCCGAUGCGUCAGGCUGCUGCGGAUCUUCAAGGCCACGAGGUACUGGAACUCUCUGAGUAACCUGGUGGCAUCGCUGCUCAACUCGAUGCGAUCCAUCGCGUCACUGCUCCUGCUGCUCUUCCUCUUCAUCAUCAUUUUCUCGCUGCUCGGGAUGCAGCUCUUCGGGGGCAAGUUCAACUUCGACGAGACGCAGGUCCGUCGCUCGUCCUUCGACAACUUCCCCACCGCGCUGCUCACCGUCUUCCAGAUCCUCACUGGAGAGGAUUGGAACUCUGUGAUGUAUGAUGGCAUCAGGGCGUAUGGGGGUCCUUCCUUCCCAGGGAUGCUCGUCUGCAUCUACUUCAUCAUCCUCUUCAUCUGCGGGAACUACAUUCUGCUCAAUGUGUUCUUGGCCAUCGCCGUGGACAACCUGGCGGACGCGGAGAGCCUUACGUCAGCUCAGCGUGAGGCGGAGGAGGAGAAGGAGAGGAAGAAGAUCGCCAGAAGCGGUAGUCCCGAGAAGAAGCCCAAGGAGGAGUCACGGGAGGCCAACGGAACCGAGGAGAUCAUGGAGCUGAAGGCCAUCACCCCGGACAGCACCACCAAGAUUCCUCUGGAUGACCCAGAUGGAGAGGAUGACAAGGAGAAGGACCCAUACCCUCCCAGCGAGUACCCAGGUGAUGACGACGAGAGUGAGCCCGAAGUACCGAUGGGACCGCGUCCGCGCCGUCUCUCUGAGCUGCAGAUCAAGGAGAAAGUGGUGCCCAUGCCCGAGAGCUCCGCUUUCUUCCUCUUCAGCCACACCAACCCGUUCCGUAUCCUGUGUCACCACAUCAUCAACCACACCAUCUUCACCAACCUCAUCCUCGUCUUCAUCAUGCUCAGCAGCGUCUCGCUUGCGGCUGAGGACCCAAUCCGCUCAACUUCUUUCCGCAACGAGAUCCUGGGCUACUUUGAUUAUGCUUUCACCACCAUCUUCACCAUAGAGAUCAUGCUCAAGAUGACGGCCUACGGCGCGUUUGUGCACAAGGGCUCGUUUUGCCGCAGCUACUUCAACCUCUUGGACCUGCUGGUGGUGGGAGUCUCUCUCAUCUCCUUCGGCAUUCAGUCGAGUGCCAUCUCCGUGGUAAAGAUUCUUCGUGUGCUGCGCGUGCUGCGGCCACUCCGCGCCAUCAACCGGGCCAAGGGCCUCAAGCAUGUGGUGCAGUGCGUGUUCGUCGCGAUCCGCACCAUCGGCAACAUCAUGAUCGUCACGACGCUGCUGCAGUUCAUCUUCGCCUGCGUGGGUGUUCAGCUGUUCAAGGGAACCUUCUACAGCUGCACGGACGAAGCAAAGCACACGCCAGCCGACUGCAAGGGCCACUUCAUUGUGUACAAGGAUGGCGACGUGAACCAGCCGCUCACGAAGCGGCGUGUGUGGCAGAAUAACGAGUUCAACUUUGACGACGUGCUCUCAGGCAUGCUCACCCUCUUCACGGUCUCCACCUUUGAGGGCUGGCCCACGCUGCUGCACCGCGCGAUUGACUCUCACGCCGAGGACGUGGGACCUAUCUACAACUACCGCGUCGAGAUCUCCAUCUUCUUCAUCAUCUACAUCAUUAUCAUCGCCUUCUUCAUGAUGAAUAUCUUCGUUGGUUUCGUCAUCGUCACAUUCCAGGAGCAAGGAGAACAGGAGUACAAGAACUGUGAGCUCGACAAGAACCAGAGGCAGUGUGUGGAGUACGCGCUGAAGGCUCGCCCUCUCAGGCGCUACAUCCCCAAGAACCCAUACCAGUACCGCGUCUGGUACGUGGUGAACUCCACCGCCUUCGAGUACCUCAUGUUUGGACUCAUCAUGCUCAACACGCUGUGCCUCGCCAUGCAGCACUACGGGCAGUCAAAGUCGUUCCGGGAGGCGAUGGACGCGUUUAACAUGCUCUUCACCGGGCUCUUCACUGCCGAGAUGAUUCUCAAACUCGUUGCUUUCAAGCCCAGGGGUUACUUUAGCGACCCAUGGAACGUGUUUGACUUCCUCAUCGUAAUUGGCAGCAUCAUUGACGUCAUUCUGAGUGAGCUGAAUCACUAUUUUGCGGAUGCAUGGAACGCCUUUGACGCCUUGCUAGUUGUGGGUAGCAUCGUUGACAUUGCGAUCACAGAGAUGAACACGCCAGAGCACACGCCCCUCACGGAAGUCGCAUUGAACUCGGGCAGCGCCGCCGAGGACAACAACCGCAUCUCCAUCACGUUCUUCCGCCUCUUCCGUGUGCUGCGCCUCGUCAAGCUGCUGAGCCGCGGCGAGGGUAUCCGCACGCUGCUCUGGACCUUCAUCAAGUCUUUCCAGGCCCUGCCGUAUGUCGCUCUCCUCAUUGUCAUGCUCUUCUUCAUCUACGCCGUCAUUGGCAUGCAGAUGUUCGGUAAAAUUGCCAUGCAAGACGGCUCGCAGAUCAACAGGAACAACAACUUCCAGACGUUUCCGCAGGCCGUGCUGCUGCUGUUCAGGUGUGCGACGGGCGAGGCGUGGCAGGACAUCAUGCUGGCCUGCAUGCCGGGCCGGCGCUGUGACCCUGACGCCGACGCCAGCGUGGGCGAGGAGUUCUCCUGUGGAUCCAGCUUCGCCAUCUUCUACUUCGUCAGCUUCUACAUGCUCUGUGCCUUCCUGAUCAUCAACCUCUUUGUGGCCGUAAUCAUGGACAACUUUGACUACCUAACACGUGACUGGUCCAUCCUGGGUCCCCACCAUCUGGACGAGUUCAAGAGGAUCUGGGCAGAGUACGACCCCGAGGCCAAGGGCCGGAUCAAGCACGUGGACGUGGUGACGCUGCUGAGACGCAUUCAGCCGCCCCUCGGCUUCGGGAAGCUGUGCCCCCACCGCGUUGCCUGCAAGCGCCUCGUCUCCAUGAACAUGCCUCUCAACAGCGACGGCACCGUCAUGUUCAACGCAACGCUCUUCGCCCUCGUCCGCACUUCGCUCAAAAUCAAAACGGACGGAAACCUUGAGCAGGCCAACGAGGAGCUGCGAGCUGUCAUCAAGAAAAUAUGGAAGCGGACAAACAUGAAGCUCUUGGAUCAAGUGGUUCCCCCUGCUGGAGCAGAUGAUGAGGUGACCGUGGGAAAGUUCUACGCCACCUUCCUCAUCCAGGACUACUUCCGCAAGUUCAAGAAGCGCAAGGAGCUGGGGGCACUGGGGAUUGGGCCUAGGAACACCAUCGCCCUGCAGGCUGGGCUAAGAACGCUCCACGACAUGGGCCCUGAGAUCCGGCGCGCGAUCUCGGGGGAGCUGCAGGAGGACGAUGACCUAGAAAGCGGCGCUGAUGGCGAGGAGGGCAUAUUCCGGCGUUCUGGGGGGCUCUUCUCAAACCACGUGAGCUGCUACCCAGGCGAGCGUCGUGCCUCACUGCCCCAGACGCUGGCCACGCGGCGCCCUCUACAGAUCCAACGUCCCCCCAGCACCCCACCACCCACAUCGACCAGCCAGCUGAUGGGCAACCACCAUCACCACCAUCAUCACCACCAUCACCACUCACAGCAGCGGCAGCCUGCCCCCCUGGCGUUUGCGAACUCGCAUCACCCGAACGUGCAGACACAACAGACGCCGCAGACGCAGCAGACGCAGCAUGACGGUGGAAGUUGUAGCAGAGAAAGUGACGGGAACAACCUCGCGGUACCAGAAGAUUCGAUUGACGACAACAACAACGAGGAUGACGGCGAAGAAGAGGAGGAGGUGGCGGGUUGCGGCGACGAGGACAACGACGACGGCGACGACAGUGGCCGCGGGCGGCAUUUGCCAGACGCGGACAACGCGGCGGCCGACAAUCGUUGGAGCGAGCGUCACCCGCGUGGUUCCCCAUCCAGCUCCAACUCCAACCUGAACAACAAUGCGAGAGGCCCGUCGCCGCCGCCAUCUCCUCCUCCGCCGCUACCGCCCCCUCGCUGCGUGCCGCCGGGCAUCCAGGAGGCCCUGCUGCAGGUGGUGAGCACGGUGGCCUGUGCGGCCCGCACGGGGCCCGCGCCAUCGGCAGGGGCAGGCGGCUGCGCGGGUUGCAGGGCAGCCGGGGCGGUGGAGCCCGCUGGGCGGAGCGAUGUGACAGGUGGCAAGGAGGAUGCGGUGACCAUGCGAGGGAGUGGAGGAGCGUCACCGAGCAUCACGGGGAGCUUGAGGAGGAGGCGGUACUAUGAGGCUCUGAUCCGCCUGGAGUCGACUCCAGGACUGGUUCCCGUCAUCCGCACAGAGGAGCUACCUGGAACGGCGGAACAAGACCCCCACGAGUCAUGGGGGGGUCCAGGGGGGACGCCCGGGGUCCUGGCAGAGUCCGGGGACUCUGGGGACCUGGGUGAUGCCGGUGACCAGGCGGGGAUGACCCUGGAGAGGCACCCAAGUCGGCGCGAGGGCCGAGGCUGGGGUCGCCGCAUCCGGCGUUUCCCGCUGGGGUUUGAGCGACACAGUUACCACGGCGACGCGCACGCCGAUCGGCCCAGCCUCUUCUCCCAGCAGCCCCUGCUGCCCCCGACUCCCCCAGGGCGGCGUAAGUCCUUCAACAUGGAGUGCUGGAAAAGGCAGGGUACCCAAAGCAUCACAGGAGAGGUGACCCUGCCGCCCAGCCAACGUAGCACCUGCCUCCCCCUGCUGGUGUCACAGCUGCAGGCGGCAACGGGAGACGGGAGCGAGGCGGCUGGGGGCCGUGGCGACGCAAGCGCGCUCUCGUGCUCAACACACGCGUGGAGCACGCCGCCCUCGUCGCCCACGCGCGGACGGCGCGGCUGCCCCCAUCUCUACACACCCGCCAUACAGGUGGAGUGUUCCUCCUCCCCGGCUGACAGAGAGGGGAGUAUAACCCGGGCAUUGGGGGCCCGGGGUCAUGGGGCCCGCCACUCGUGGGGGUCGGAGACCCCCAGUGCCGCGUCGCUCUCCCUCAUGCCGCUGCCCUCCCCACGUCGACACCACCGCGGCAGCGCCGACAGCCUCGUGCAGGCAGUGCUGAUUUCAGAGGGGCUGGGCCUGUUCGCUCGUGACCGGCGCUUUGUGUCGGUGAUGAAGCGCGAGCUGGCGGACGCAUGCGACAUGACGGUGGACGAGAUGGAGAGCGCCGCCAGCGACCUCAUUAACGGCGCCGAUGAAGGCCAUGACGACACCUCCUCAAGUCGCGAGCCGCUCUUCCCCGGCCACUUCCACCGAGGGGGUUACGGCGAAGAAGAAGAGGGCGGCGGAGAAGAGGGCGGAGAAGAAGAGGGCAACGACAAUCUGCAGCCGGGCGGCGAGAGGAGACGCCUGUACGAGCGAGAGCUGGAAGACGAGAUGAUUUGCAUCACCAAGUUAUAGCAGCGGCUGCCGGGGUGCGAGCGCCACGUGCCGCCGGGCUGGUUUCAGCUGCCCCGGGCGCAAGCGGGCGCAGGCGGGUUGUGGCCCGUUCAAUCACGGCCCAGAUGUUCAGGUCGCCCGAUCCAGUGCCUCGCUUACGACUGUGCGCGUGGAACCGCUUGGGAACGGCUACGAAGGCCCAGGGCCGCACUGCGUCCGGCCUGGCCUAGCCCGGCCUGGUCAAGCCCGGCCUGGUCAACCAGCUGAGCCGAGUCUCACGCCAGAAUAACGCAUGCGGUUUCAUGGCACGUAAGCCACUCGCGUAAAAACCUGCAUCAUUUUCAUCUGACGUCGGCCAGAGCGAUGAUUGUUGUUGUUUUUCAUACAUAUUCGUUCUUGUUGAUCAAACCAGAAUGUAAUUUUCUUGAAAUUUGUUUUUUUAAACGCUGUGCAUAACAUCGUGACAUACCUUCGAUGAAGGGAUGAUUGUGCGUGUGUUUUAACUGAUUAUGUCACGCAGUGAGUCAUGCAUAAACAGAGGACCACACUUCCAAAGACCACGAGCAGUGAAAAAGAAGUUUAACGUGUGCCCUUUUCAUUGAAAAAUGGCCUUGCAGAAUUUCAGUUCACGGUUCUGUGGAUCUUGAGAAUAUUUUGCUAGGGUGCAGCGGCGAUUUUUUUUCUCGUCUAACCAUGAGGCGUCGUUAAACGGGGCGGGAAUGUGCCACUGGGAAAUCGGUAUUGAGAUGCCUCAUUUUUUCUGCUCAUCAUAGAUUAGCAGAAGUUUGCGUUCGAGUCACUCUGAGUUGUGUGGUAACGCCAACUCCAGAUCGAGUGCAUGGGAGAUAUUCCCAGUGGGGGUAGUUCCUCCCCUUGGCUGCUCGAAGAUGGGAACGAGGCCCUGGGCCCCCACAAUGCACUUUUGCCCGAUGCGCUCUAUUGGGCUGUUGCGGUGAGAUACUAUCAUUGCCGGCUGCGCAUAAGUGAUGUCAAUGUUCUAACGGGUGAGACAGGAUCAAUGGGAUUGUUUGUAACUUGCGGCUAGUUCCGCGCUGUCAUGGAGGGUUUUCGUCGCUUCCGGUGCAUAUGUCCGUGCAUAUUUUGUAUUUUUGCACUGAGCCGCUCUCUACAUUGCAGGAGGGUUCUCGUUUGGUUUUCUCUCCUCCCCAUCAUGACCCCCCCAUCCCCCUGAUCGAGUCCCCUUUUUGUGUCCCACAACCAACCCCCUUGUACUGUACGUAUAACUUCUUUCGCACUGUACAUAGCCAACCGCGCUCAUCGGAGGUGCGUUGUAUAAUUUAAGUUCAUGAUGCGAAAUUAGAAUGAAGUUUGCAGGGGUGGGUGGGACGGAGAGUGGGAGGGAAGAGGCAAGGGAGACGGGUAUAUUUUUUCAACACGCUCGUUUCUCUUGAGCAGUUCCACUGGUGAUGUUUAUACGAGACAGCGAGCGGCCGUGUGGACAUGGCAAACCAAUAGCUCGCUUCACUCGUGUCUACGUGCACUCGGGGAAGGCCUCGAUGCAGUCGCAUCCUUCGCUUUGGGCUCCGUUCUAAAUGAGGCGACGAAGGGAAGGGAUGGAGCAGGGAAGGGUUUGUUGAACUUCUUUCGCACCGUACAUAGCCAGUCAUGCUAUGGAGAAGGUAGCGGAUGCAGGAGCAGGGGAUCCAUGGGGAAGGGAAGGGGAUAGAGGAGAGAGGAAAGCGAAAAGGGAAGGGGCGAAAAAGAUGCGAAGAGAGGGGAUGGAGGAGGAUGAAAGAGAUGAAGGCAAUGCAUGAAGAUGGCAAUGGAUGAAAAAGGGAAGAGAUGGAGUAGCAGGGAAAGUAUGGAAAUUCUGCAUGUAAAACAGCCCAACGUAAAAAGGCAACUUCAUUUGGCCAGAAAAUUACUGAGAUGGAACAGAGUGGUGGCGUGGCCUCACUUCAGGAAGGACCGGUUUAUACAGUUUACCACUGGCCCAAUCCAUCCUGCGGUGGGGGAGAUAGAUGGAUAGGUGAGCAGUGUGGCCCUUUCUAAUUGCUUGUCGGGAUGUACACGUUCGACCUCUAGAGCGAUGAUAAAAGGGCAUAACGUUUCUUUUUAAGAUGACACUUGCACUUUCAUGAUGCGUACAACAAAACCUGCCAAAUUCUGCCCCUCGCCCUCUGCACCACCAUCGCUUCAAUGCAUGAAAAUCCACGUGUCCCCUAAACCAACAAAUUGCCCCACUGAGAGGCACCUCGCGUAGGCCCUAACGCCCCCUCCCCUGGUCGCUUCCUCCUAUUGGUGGUGUGGGGGGGAUGCAGGACGCGGGCUCAAGGCCCCAGCUUUUGCGAUGAAGCGAUCUGGCGUGCGAGUCACGCGGAUUUAAGUUAUGACUUUAUAUGUGUAUAAAACAUUACAGAGGAUAAGAGGGGAUGGUGCGUUACAUGCGUAAAAAAUAACUACUUUUACACUAUUGUAAUAUAUUCGUAAUGUAUUUGUAAAGAAGAAAUGUUCUCUAUAUUUGUAAUUUAGGGUGUGAACCUGUCAAAAGCGUUUUAUUGUUUGAGACGCCCGUGUGGUUGCGCGUGGUUGUCGGGCGGCGUGCGAAGCCAGACCUGGGUAUGGUGACUAAAACAUCACGGAAGCAGAGCCGCCGGGAAAUUAUGAAGCGGAACGAGGUUCUCUUGCCUCUGCUAGGGCCUGACUACAGAACUCCGACAAUUCUAAAAUACUUUUGCCGUGACUAUUAAUUCCACAAGGGAAAUUGAAACAAAUAAACGUCGUAAAGUUAGGAGAGACCGUAGUUAUGGUCGGGAUCAUUCUUGCCUCGAUUGGCAAAGUACAUAAAGGUAAACCAAUAAUUAAACUAACAUGGGAACAUUAAUUCUAACAAAAAUAAUAUAACAAACAUUAAAAACGUAAAUGUACUGCUACCACGGACUGGCCAUGUACGAGGGAUGGCCUCGUGGCCAUGUUGCAUGGGCUUGUCUUCCUGGCAGCCGAUUGGCCGGUGCAGUGGGAGCUGAUGACAUCAUUCCUAGCAAUCACUGCCGUACACCCAGCUUUACUAUCUUACUCGGACACCCCUAUUUACCAUGGGGGUUUUUUUGUUUGGUCUUAUGGAAUUUCGGAUCUUCCUACAAUCACUGCCUGUCGGAUUUUAUAAGCGUUUUCUGAACUCAGGCCCCUGGUUCAAGUUGCCGCUGCCUCUGUAACAUGACCCGUGUCUGUGUGUGGAACGUGCCUGUUCGCACUAUGGUUGUUGAGACCAUUGUUUCUGCUUAACCGGUAACUGCAUGGAAGACAGUAAACCCAGUUACUGGUGUGCUGCACUUAUAGAAAUGUCGAGAGCAGUAAACAUAGCACGUUCACCUUUUUAACUGUGUAAUGAAGGGAACUGCCGUGUCCAAUGGUUAGCACACUGGACUUGCAAUCCAAAGGUCGCCACUUUUAUUCCAUCUCCCGAUGAGGCAGUUGGAACAAUGAUAGCAAGUUUCUUAAAUCCCUCACCCCAUCGCCUCUGUGCACCCAGCAGUGUGAAUUAAUAAUAUAUCGUAGUUGAUCACCAGGUCGCGUACGGUGGGGAAACGCGUGGGCACGCUCACGUCUGCUCAGCGUGAAACAAUAGACCAAAUACCACUAGAGCUCCCUCUCGUGGAGCCCCUUCUGCUAUCAGUGGAAUGAGCAAGAAAUUACAAGGCUGCAUGCACCCUUGUCAACUGACAAACGCCUGUGCCAAUUAGUGUAUUUGUUACGAAAAUUCCACUCGAAAUAAUUACACCGUCCUGACUUUUGGAACCGGGAAUCUGGUUACCGUUUCACCGCUAGCGGUUAACAGCUCUCCACACGUAUCACUACCGUGUUUUACGUGUUCCCAUUUUGCCUCUGUGCAUUCUAAUGCACACACAUGCGUUGCAUGUGUCCUGUGUUGCAACCAUAAGUCUACGUGUGUCAUUGCUCCAGCAAUGAAUAUGUUCAUAAUUAUUGCUUGACGCUGGUACUGGUGACCAUGCAAAACGCAUCGCUUUGUUAAAGCUCAGUUGGUCCAUGGGACAAGAUAGAACAUGGAACUGUCAGUGAGAGCAAAACUUCUGGGCGGGCAGUCCUACCAAUUAAUCUACCUGGACAAUUACAAAGUGAUUCUCUGCUCAUAUAAGUAUUGGAGGCAAUUCUCAUCUGUUUACAGCCCUGAGCUGGUGGAGGUGAAAAUGUCACCUUACCAUGAUGGGGAAGAGUCUGUCCAUAGGACAACCACUGUUGAUCUUCGCUACAUAGUGGUCUUCAUUUUAUCGACCCCAGAUGGAUGAUAGGCAGAGAACCCCCCUGUCAGAAUCUUAACUUUCAACCUUCCGAUUGCGAGUCACUAUCUCCACCGUUGAGCCAACCUGGUCGUUUGUAGCAAAUUUAAAUUAAAUCAAGAUUAUAUGAUUACCUUUUAAGCGUUAUCACAUCCAAGUGCUGUAUUCGUCUGUAAUUACGGCCCUCAACAAAACAUAAGUACGUUCCCACAGCUCAAGGGGUACAGCACGAACAAAUGGAAUAUCUGAUCCAUAUUUGUUUUUGGGUUCGCUCAUAUGGCAUAACCCAACAACUAAUAUGGAUCAUUGUAUUGGCAAUGAAAACCUACGUUUUUAGUUCAGUGAAAUAUGUUUGGGCCCAUGGAAUAAACCAGUUCUGAACAAACAGAACUGGUUAUAAAUAUACUCAUACAAAUAUAUGAAUAUAAACUUUUGACCAUGCUGUGAAAAGAUUGGGUUUAAGAAAGGAGUGAGUCUGCAUAACUACCCAAGGACACGCGAUUUGGUGUUCUCAGCCUAUGGUUGGGUGUGGGUUUAUAUUCGCCUCUCAUUUAAUUUGUCUUCAGAAAACAAAAAAACAGCGAUGGGUUCGGGUAUUCGAAUUGAGUGUAUGAUAUGUUGGCUGUAUAUGCCAAGUAGAGCGAAUGCCCCGCAAUUUGAAUGUCCCGAGUUCAAAUCCGAGUUUAGGGGUUGACUCAACCCAUCAUCCCUCCGGGGUUGAAAAAUAAGGAUACAUUUUUGGGAGAAUUAACAGCGGUUGUAUUACAGAGAGACUCGUCCACACCAUAGGAGUAUGGGAAGUAAAUUCCUAGCUCAGGACUGCUCUCUUUUGAGAAGAACAUCACUUUGACGAUUUGAAUGUGCCCACUGUAAACCCAAUCAACUCACAUAUAUCAUGUAACCUAGUUGGUAAUAUUUUACAUUAUCUGAGUUACAUAGCACCAUGCAAAGUUCAAAUGAUGUGCACUAUGUGUGAGUUGUUCGUGUGUGUGUCUUUGUACUUGAUCAGGGUUGUGAACGUCAGAACUGGGGAGACAAAAGCAACUGGGAGCGGUCCUGGCAACAUCACUUCCUCGUGUGUGGCGUAGCAGCCUUCAUAGAUGUUAUAAUAAGACAGAACUUGCUCCCAAAGCCUGUUAAGGCUAAAUUGGGGGGUCUUGUGAGCUUGCGUGUGCUAUGGAAUCUGUCUAAGCCCUCGGUCAAUGCAAAGAAUGGUGUCUUUUGUGUGUUGGCGUGCAUAUUUUUACACAGUACGUGUGUGUGCGCUGUUAAAAGCAAAACAACUACUGUACCGCAUUGUGCUGUCACAGUUUGCCAAGAUUACCCACUCGUUUCCACAAAUGGGUGCGAAUCCACGCCAGACUUUCCUCCGUCGCCGCCCCCCUCCACCCACAGUGAUGUUCACUCAGAGGAGCAUGUGUUUUAUUUACAGAACUUGGUACUUUCAGAUUCAGGGAUAUCUGGAAGUGAAAGCAAGGCAAUGCUGUGUGUGGUUUAAUUAAAAGUGAAACUGGUGGCAUCAGGAGGCUCAGAAUGUUGUUGGCAGUUGAGUAGGUUACAAAUUCCGGCCCAGGGUUUUAUAGACUUGGAUAAUAACGUGUGUAGGUGGACUCAUUGAGUGACUGAUAUCAUUGGAAUAUGCUGGCCUUGACUACUCAAAUAGAGACCCAUAUAUCCACAUAGAGACCAGAGACUCACACAGGCACCUGUAGACUCACAUGGAGACCCAUGAGUAGCUGGAACGUUCUUGCAGUGGCUUCUUACACACAGAGACCCAGAGACUGUAUUGCUUAAGCCGCCGCUGCCGCAGUCUCUCACAAUCUUGUGAUGCAACAAUCCAUCUAACACCUGCACAUUAAUUUAUUUAAUCAGUCCAUCUGAUUCCAUUCCUUGGCUGCCACUUUUGUCGCAAUUCUUUACCAUCAUCCACCAUCCCUUCUUGCCUUCACGCAUCCUGUCCAAGCACACUUUCCUAAUCUUUUGGAAAAUGUCAUUAACCUGCAUAUGUUCUCUAUGCCAUUUAUUCGUCUUUAUGUCACAGUAAUUCCAAGCAUGCGUCUCUCCAAGUCUAUAUGGACACUUACAUUUUUUUUCACAAGACUGUUUCUGGACCAUCUAGCAUAGAAGGUAUUAAAUCCACUGAGGUGCACAACCUGAGAAUGUAAAAUGAGGGGCAGACUUUUUUAUCUCUUCAAACUGGAGACACGGGGCCCCACUGAGCAUUCAGGUGGUUUACGAUACUCCCGGUGAUUCAGCUUCAUCACUCACGUUUCACAUUAUUUCCCCAUGCAAUCAAGUUUUGUUUAAAUCGUGAAGCCCAAGCAGCUUGAAGAUUUAAUUCAGCUGUUCGUACCCCUCCCUCCUUCCUUCACCGUCUUGAGAGACUGUGGUAUGUAUGCUUUUGACAGUAGAGUGGCACAAUGGUAACAACAGCAAGGGUCGCGGUUCGAUUCCCAAUUCGGGCGUAUUUUUGCAUGGAGUUUGUUUUAUCCCUAUGUGCUGCAUGGGUUUCCUCAUAUAGCUAAAAAACACACAACGUAACUGGUGUUGGCCAAAACAUCUCAAUGUUGGAAAAUUACCUGCAAUUUACUGAAAUGGGUUUACACAAAGCAGUAGCAUCAUUGCUCCUUGUGCAAAAACUUGGCGGAACCCUCCUGAAAGUGUAUUGCGACUCAGUGAGGCUUUUCUGGAUUAACAAGGAUAAUACAUUAAGUAAAUCCAAUUUCUAGUGCGGUGUGAUGUAACAUCCAAAAUUCGGCCUGGUGCCAAAUGUGGUCAGAAUGUUUGAUUCACAUGUUAGAUGGUUGUGAGUCGGCAAUGUGGUACCAUCACAGCAAUAUGGCUUAGAGUUGUGAACAGAUGAGCACCACCUCGAUGCUCAUUUGAGCAGGGAAUCUUUGAUACUUUCCAGCCAGUGUGCUUAGGAACCGUUUGCCAGUGGGCAUUGUCUCAGGCACACCGGACUCUGUUAAUUAUUCAUUAUGAGAGUGAACUUGACCAAACAAGAAGCAGCAUGUAUAUUUAAACGUGUUGCUGAAUAUUACAAAUUAAUAAUGCAACUGGGUUUUACUUGGACGUCAAGAUUUAAAAGUAGCAGUGAUACCUCUAAGUGUUGCACAUUGGCAAUGUUCUCAGACUAACAGUUAUGCCAGUUGAGAUUUGUACAGUGUCGCUAUUUUUGUGCCGAUGGUAACUUUGGACAUGACGGUGUUUGUUAGUAGCCCAUGGCUAUACCAUAAGACCACCGCCUGCUGAUGACUCAUUGAAGUCAAAACCGGUUCAGGCUUGGCCUUGUUUAGUUUAAACAUUGCUGAAAACAUUGACCCGUGGUGUCAUUGGUAGGUGGAUUUGAAUGUCAUUUGCUUACUUUACACUGCUGGUAAAACAAAUGCCAAGCCCGUUUGAUAUGUCAUUUUGCCACUUAUCGUGAGGUCCAACCCCAUGUCUCUGUGCCAGAGGGGUGGUGAUAAAUCAUGUUAACGAGCAGAGGCCAGAAGCUGCUAAUACAAAUUCAGCGGCGGAUGGUAACGGCCUCAAUCCGUCAAGCUUCCCUGCACUGCGUGGGCAGUGUCAAACAGAAACGUCUAAAAUGUACAAUUAGCAGCGAUGCGGCUCGCCUCCACUUUGUCCCAUCAGUGAAUUCGGCCAUUUAAACUUGGCUGCGCUAAUGCAUUUAGUAUUAUUCUUUUUAUUGUUAACUAUUAUCAUUUUACCUCUGGUCAAUAUUUGGCCACUUGUUGUCUCCUCUGAUAUAAUAUCGGUGGCCCGAGCGGCUUCCUGGCUGAAUUGUUUACGAGGAAAGCGCUUUAACUGAAUGCGUGCGUAGUUUAUAAGUGACCCUUACCAAACCCUAACCCUUACCCGCUCUUUCUCGCGCACCUCUGCAUGCAGCCACGCCUGUGCUGUACGAAUGCCUCCCUUCCAUCCCCCAAACCUGUUCUCUCAAACCCCCUCCGCUCACCCACCCAGACGGUGGUGGGUUUCAAAUCUGAAUUCACAAACAGCCGCACCCCACACAUAGCUUCACAGAGUUGAAAAAUCACCCCAAUGUGCUUGAAACCAGUGUGUGUACAUUUAAAUAUAUUUGACAUAUUUGCCUUGACAUUAAUUGCUUGCCCCUAAUGGGCUUGUGAAGUAUUUAAAGCUCAUAAUACAAGGGGUUUUUUUUCGGUUUGAUCGUGUAAAUAUAUAAAUGUGCCGUUAAUCCCACCACCACAUGUCAAUUCGUUACUAGUACAGCACACCAGUGUUUUGGAGAGCAAAGCCACAACAUUUACAAUCUGAGUACGACAUUUCGCCAGUAAUUACAACUAGCUUCAUCAGGCGACAGCCAGAUUUGUGGAGAAAUCCUCCUGUUUCGUUUCUUAAAUCCGUCUGUCGCCUGAUGAUUACUGGCGAAAUCUCGUGCUCAGGUUGUAAAUGUUGUGGCUUGGCUCUCCAACACUGGUGUGCUGUACUAUUAACGAAUUGGCAUGUUCUGUUUACGUGAAAAACCUUACUAAUUGGCUGUGGCGGGUGGUGGCGGGUUUAACGACACAUUUACGCGAUCUAACCCAACAAACCUGUAUUAUGGAAUUGGGCGUGAAAGCCUACGCAUUAAACAAUGUAAAGCUCGUUUUCUUUUUGUAAUUAUGUUUUAAAGCUGGGCUAGCUGCGAGCUCGUGAUCUUGAAGAUACGGGUUUAAAUCCUGGUGAGAAUCGACUUGAGCCCACGUUGCUACCUCACCAGGUGCGGUUACAACACUCGGUGAGGAAUCGGCAGUGGUUACCUUGUUGAGAGACAGUGGUGAGGCAUAUGUGGAGUUCCACCACUGGUUUGUGACUGCCAAUGGAGAUAAGCACCGUCUUGUGCUUUUGAAAUAAAAUAAAUUGCAUCGUGGAGAAUGUAAGUCACUAGAUACGCAACAGAAAGGGCCCUUGUCUAUAAUCAUCUGGCAGUUCAGCAGCAUUGGUGUGAGUAAACCUGGCUGCUGAUUCGACACUGUGUAUCGAAAUCAGUCCAACGUCUUGCUUGCGUUUGAACCAAUGCUGCUGAAAUAAUGCACGCCUCAAAGGCCGUAUGGCCGAAGGAAUAUGUAUAAAAUGUCUUAUUUUUAAUGUGGAGAUACGGAUAAAGGAAAGAGGCGAAUUGUCUUCUUAUUUAAUUGGUUUGCUCUUAAGGGCAUGGGACACUUUAACUUGGACCUAUUUAAGGGGUUUUUUUGGCAGAUUGUUAUUUAUGUUUAAACUGCUGUGAAGACCCGAAAUGAAAAGCGACUAAAAAUGUAAAAGGCUAUAUUGCAAUGGGACGGAGGGGUGAGUGGUUUUGGGGCAGUACUGACAAACCAAAUGUCAAUACCAAAAAUUCAACACACAAUGAAGUCAAUAACACCGUGGCCUUAAAAGGAAAACAUGUUAUUGGCGUAAUUUUGGGCAAUGGCCCACCUUUCCAGCACAUGUGCUGUGCAGAAGGGAGUGUAUUUGACAAAUGUGUUGGGUUUUUGUGAUUUUCUUGUGCUCCACUGCCAAUGCAGUUUCACCAAAUAAUGCAACCAAAUGCUCUCGCUACCAUUAUCUGUUGGUGAGCAGUUAACCACCAGCACUCGCCCUCCACUGACAUUAACCCUGACCCCAAUUGUGACCAACUAGCCAACGACAAGUUCUAUCCCUGCAUCAACCCCCAUUACGGGGCCCCUUUUCAUAUUUUGUUAACUUUUCAUGGUUCGUUUUCAUGGCAAGGUGGGGUGGCGUGGCUGAUUGUAAAGCUUCGUGUGGAAGUCCAAAAUUUGAUGUUCAUAUUCACAUGUUGGGUACAGCUUGUGAAAUAGCUCGCUGAUUUGCGACUCUGCUGUGUACAUCGGAAUAGAACCGACUAAUGUAUAUGUACAUAUUACUGUAAGUACUGUACGUCACAGUUUUAUACAAAGGAAUGUUGUAUUGCAGCUCUGUAAGUAAAACAAAAUGUGUUAUUUCCUGA